CCAAUGUGCUUCGUCUGUAGCCUACUGUUAAAAUGAAUGAAUAUACAUAUUAUAUUAUUGUUGCGAUUGUGAUUAAUGAAAUUAGUAUUCUUGUAAUUAUUACUAUUAUCAUUAUUGUUGUUGUUGUUUUAAGGCGUUUUUGAACACCUGAUUUCUUUGUUUACGUGGAAAAUAUUCACGUUGUGUAAAUUCUACUGACGCUGUAGAUCCUCUUCCCCAGCAGGGGGCGACGUCAUCCAGACAAUAAAUGCAGCAGUCUCCAUUCAACCAAGAUACAAAGCUGAAGCUAAAUGGAUUAACCUAACGCUCGACAUUUGAACGCUGUAUUUUAGAAGAAGAAAAAAGAAGGAAGCUUUUUUUGAUUAACCAAGUGGAAAUAUUUGCAGAAUAAUUGAAAGGUCACUUAUAUUAUCAGGCAGGGAUCAGAGGCAUUACUAUGGCCAUUCAUUACGAUGGUUCAUCAUUAGUCCCACAAAAAAAGGAAAUAAAAUAUGUAAAAACGGUUAUCCAAGCUCACAAUAGAAUAGGCUAUAAUCAGUGUACAAAUUAAUAAUUAUGUAUUUGUUUCUUUCUGGUUGAAAUAAGAAAAUUCUGUGUUGCGUUGUCCCCUAUAUUAUUGUUAUACGUUAUGCACAUGCGUUUCAGAUUUUUUUGUUCUCUACUUGUUGAGUCGGAUGUGGCUCACACAUCUAUUCAAACUCCUGCAGGUCCUCCUGAAUAUGAUUCAAACUCCUGCAGGUCCUCCUGAACGCAUCCACACCGACCGCCCAUAGGAUGGUGUUCAUGGGAAUCCUCGCCCGUUCGACAGCCGAGCCAAUCCCUGCGCUGCUGCUGACGUCACGCCCAUCGCCUAUGAUCGAGGAUCAGUGGAUCGGAGUCAAUCUGGGGCUGGCUGGAGAGAGAGACAGCACGGUGCAGAGGAUUUGGUCAAGCUUUUUUUAGCCGGGUUCAUUCGGUCUGUUUCGCAUAUCCAUUCAGCUUCCAAGCGUUUUUUUUCGGAUAAAUAAACAGACGUUUCGGAUAAACGUUGCGGUCAAAGGGAUCGGGUCACCGGGUGAUUUCGGGUACAUCCCUGGACCUGAUGAAUCGAGGGAUUAUCGGCUGCGCAGCGUGUUUCUGGGUCACCUGUUCCCGGGGAUUGAGAGUCCACACCUAAGCAGGACCGAACCUGGUCCUCUAUCUUUUUGGCGUUUUGAAUCCCAUGCUGGGAGGUUAUUUAUAAUGGAUUGGUUUUUCAUCAUUUCACCAUCGAAGCUUGGUUAGGAAGAGGCGGCUGCUGAUCGGACUUGGAUAUAAUCGGAAUCGGUGCGCAAAGGAUAAAACCAACAGACGGGAAUAUGGCCAAACACUGUCCAGACGGAGUGGAUGUGAACAAACCCUCCGACGAGGACCUCCCGAGGCUCGCGAAGGACGAGCUGGUGAGGAGGAUACGGAGAGCGGAGGGCGAGAAGAUGAACCUGAUGGUCGAGCACGGGAAUAAGAUGAGAGACGUGAACCGCAGCCUACAGGUCCACCUCCACGAGAUCCGGAGUCUCAAAGAGGUGAACCAGAAACUACAGGACGAUAACCACGAGCUCCGGGAGCUCUGCUGCUUCCUGGACGAUGACCGGCAGAAGGGCAAGAAGCUGUCCCGGGAGUGGCAGCGGUUCGGCCGCUACACGGCCAGCGUCAUGUGGAAGGAUUGCGGCGUUUACCAGCAGAAGCUGCAAGACCUAGAGGCCAACCAGGAGUCGCUGAUGCGAGAGAACGCCGAGCUGAAGGAGAUUGUGGUGAUGCUGGACGAGGAGAGGAACGGAGCUGGCUCCCGGAGCUCCAUCGACAGCCAGUCCAGUCUCACCAACCUCAACGGGAGUUCGGUUACGGUCCGGGACGUCGGGGACGGUAGCAGCACCUCCAGUGCAGGGAGCGCCGGGAGUCCUGACCAUCACCUGCACCAUCACCACCCCAUGCACAGCCACAAACCGUCCGAGGGCAAGACAGCGACGCUAAGGAGGUCUAUGGACGACCUCUCCAGCGCUCAAUUCCACAGUAGAGCCAUUCCCAAUGGACUGAAUGAUGCUUCAGCAAACUACAUCAGACAAUUGGAAAACAAGGUGCGGAUACUGGAGGAAGACCACAAGCAGAUUCUCUUAAAGUCUGGUCCCGGGGAUACGAAAACCUUAAAGAAGGGCAUGACACUCUACCACUCGGAGUCCCAGCUCUCCUCUCUUUGCCAGCUCCAGGAGAGCAUGCUCAACGGAACCCUGCGGACCCCCAGCGGUGAACCGUCACCCACGGGUGGUGGCUACCCCCCCCCGGGGCAGAAGCCCGAAGCCGUGGUCCACGCCAUGAAGGUGUUGGAGGUGCACGAUAAGCUGGACAGGCAGAUCCCGGAGGACUAUGACGAGGACCUCAGUGAGAAGGAGAAGGCCAUCGUCAGAGAAAUGUGCAAUGUGGUGUGGCGAAAGCUGGGCGACGCGGCCGGAUCCAAACCCUCCGUCCGACAGCAGCUCUCCGGGAACCACUACAAGGGCCCCAAGUAGUGGCUCUCAGGGGCCCAGGCGGGAGGUCCUCCCUCUGUUUUCUUUUGUUUCUCUGGGGGACCUUAUCUGGGAGCCAGAGACUCGUACUUUUGUACCCCCCGACACUCACACAGACUGUGCAGGUCGAGUUGGUGUUGAAAGUGGUCCGCGAGCUGUACGAGGUGAAUUUAAACUGACCUAUCGGCUACCCGUACCAUUUCCUCUGGCCAAUCAAGGGACAAGACUGGAAAAAUAAUGCAGAAAAAUAUAUGAUUACCCUGCAGCAAGGCUAGACCCAACUCGAUGACCGUUGUUAAAGAAAAUAUAUAUUCCCCAAGGCCAUAUGGAAAGAUAUGCUUUUUUCUUUUUUAUAAAUCACAGAACUUGAAGCGUCUGUCAAUGAAGUAACGUGACGUUUUUUUUGUCUUCUUGAGGUCCAUCUUAUCAGGGGUUUGGUGUUUGACUGCUGCAUAUAACUAACCACACCAAUUCUGUAAAUGUAUUAUAAAACAUGGCCAGUCACGUGUAAAAGCAACCGCCAUUCCAAAGCAAAAAAGUGGCAUCCUGGAUCUACACAUUUCAUGAAGGGAAGCCAAAACGUGACAUGUGGUUACCUUAUUGAAAAAAAGGAUACACUGGUGUUCUCUCCUGUGAAUACAUGAGUUGAAUGUAUUCACAGGAGACAAAAGUCUCCUGUGAAUACAUUAAACUCAAACUUAAUCGUCUUCACUUCACCUUGAGCCCUCCAAUCCCGACUAACUAAAUUUGGGAAAGUUGACCUAAAAUUGUGAGAAUUCCUGCAGGAGGAGGAUCCUUCCCACUGAAGUCCAACUUUGUUGAACAAUCUUCCGAUAUGACAAUCUUUUCUGUUGUUAUGAAAUUCAGCUUCCGUGUGUGUAUUCAUCUAGAAGUCUGUGUUUGUGUUUCUGGUGCCGAUACCCCCCCCCCCCCCCACCCCAUCGGCUGAAAUAGCUAACAAUUGCACCCUUUACAUAUAAGCUGUGAUGUUUUGCCCACAUCGUGACUGGUGUCAUACACGUUGUCAUCGAUUCUCUUGAUUGAUGUUGUUGGAAGGCGACGCAUUACUGCCUGUGAGUUCUGUGAACUACCGGGCUUAUGCACGCCACACAAACACAAAAACUAAAUCAGUUUGCCCAUAAGCUCUGUAGUCAACUUGAAGGGUGCUGUAGGUAAGAUUUAAGAAGCUAAUUUUUGAGUGUGAUGUGUUGAAAAUGGCUGCACCUGCCUCUUUAUGAGGUUUACAAACGUGACACAUUUUUUCUCUUCUGCCCUAUCCCGCUCUCUCUUUACAUCUCUUGAAUCUUACCUACAGCAGCUUUCACCAAAUGUGGACAUUUGCUGUGGUUUCAGAUUGCAAUGCUCUUGUCUGCAUAGCCAGACUGCUGAGAGAAGGUCUGUUUCUUGGUUUUCCAUCAAAAAGCAAAGUACAGACCUUUUUACCCAAUACCUCAUUGCAAUUUUGUUAGUGAAUAAAAUGAAGUAUUCCCUGUGUAUACUCUUAUGUGUUGUAGUAUACACAAUGUACACUUUAUAGUAUAUACUGUCAGAAAUAUAUUAGGAGUUUUAGAAUUGUUGCAUAAGCACUUGCUAGGGGUAUUUGAAGACACUUGCUGCAUUAUUUUUUAUUUUGUAUGAGUCCCAUUUGAGAUACGUCAUUAUUUGUGCACCAUGCUGUUUUUCUUUAAAGAUUAUCGUGACUUUAUUUGCAUACUCUAUUCUCAUUCUAUGAGAUAAUACACGGCUUUUAGCCACUUCAUGCCACAAUCGUUUGGUUGUAUGUCCUGAAUGCAGCAGGUGGCUUUCAUUUUGUAGUGACUUCUGUUAUGGCAAGCCAUGUAUUAGCCUAAUAGGCAGCUUUUACAACAUGAGCAGUCAUGAUUUGAAGGUAAGAAAAGUCCACAUGAUAUGACAUUGUCAACUAGCCCUUGUAUUUUGAUUAAUACAAUUAUAUAUACAUAUAUAUAUAUAUAUAUAUAUAUAUAUGCAUAUAUAUAUAUGCAUAUAUAUAUAUAUAUAUAUAUAUAUAUAUGCAUAUAUAUAUAUAUAUGCAUGUACAAACAAUAUUUUUGAAGAAGUUACCUUUUAGGCUAACAACUAUUCAAUGUUAACUAAUAACUUUUUUAUUUGAUGAUUUCAUGUUCCAAGCACAAUAGUUAACAUUUUUUGGACUUUUUUAUUUUUCAUAUUCAAAUACACUGCUUCUUUUGUCAUUGAAAGGUGUGGAUUUCAACCAUAUGAAUGCUAAUAUUGUCCUUGUGACACAUGGUAGGGCAUAAUGUAGUUAUGUAAAUAUACCUGCUCUCCAAUAACGAGGAAUAGCAUGCGUUUCUACAUUUUCUUUUUCAUAAACUAUGUAGCUUUAAAUUGAGGUAUUUUAGAAAUGUAUGCAAUAUGAAAAAAUAACCCAUUUUUAGAACACUUUGAAAUAAUAAAAAUGAAUAAUUUCUAUGUAAAGC